AUGGCCAUCGAGCUCCCCGUCGUCUCAUUCAUCUGCGCCUUCCUUGUCCUCCUCCCUCUCCCCUGGCAUUGGAGAGCAGGGACCGUUGCUACCAUCUCUAUCACUGUCUGGCUGUUUGCAGCUAAUAUUAUAAACGGCGUCAAUGCUAUAAUCUGGUCCGAUAAUGCCAUUAUACAGGCCACGAUUUGGUGUGAUAUAGCGACGAAAAUAACUAUCGGGGCAACAUUUGCACUGCCUGCUGCGCUCUUCUGUCUCUGCAUGCACCUGGAACGCGUGUCCUCUAUCCGUCAAGUCAAUACUUGCGUCCAAGACAAGCGUCGCCGACAAACAAUCGAUUCAUUGCUCUGCUUCGGCGUACCAGCUAUCUUCAUGGCACUCCACUACGUUGUACAAGGUCAUCGCUUUGAUAUCAUACAAGAAUUCGGAUGUCGCCCUACAAUCUAUGUCUCCAUAGUUGCGCUCUUCCUCAUGUGGAUACCACCCCUCUUAUUCUGCGUCGGUGCUUUCAUAUUCGCAGCACUCGCAUUCCGCAACUUCUGGCAUCGUCGCAUCAUCUUCGCGCGCCACCUCCAAAACUCCAACUCCGCCCUCACCCCCUCGCGCUACCUGCGUCUCAUCGCCAUGUCCCUCUCCCAGAUGGUCUUCGCCAUCACCGGCUCCUCCCUCCACAUCGCCUUCUCCCUCAAGAACGGCUUCCGCCCGUGGAUCUCGUGGGCGGACGUGCACUCCGACUGGGGACGCAUCGGCCAGUUCGCGAAGGUGCUGAUUCCCGUGCAGCAGUGGCGAUACACGUACGCGCUGUGGUGGACGGUGCCCCUCACGUCGGUCGUAUUCUUUGUGUUCUUCGGGUUCGGGAGCGAUGCCGUGCAGGAGUACAAGGCGUUCGCGGCGCGCGUUAAGGGAAUCGUGUGUGCGCCGUUUAGGAAGUUCGGUCCAACAAAUGAGAAGGGGAGCAAACUACCGUCUUUGCCGAUCACGAAUAAAAACAUGAUCUCCUCUUCCUUCUCCUUCCUCAAGAAAGGCUUCGUGAAUCAAGACCACAAACUCGACAAACUCAACAGUGAGAAAUCAGCCUCAACCUCGACCUCCUCGAGCUUCAGCAGCAGCGGCACCUAUCCCACGACCCCCACUCGGGCAUUCGCUUUCCCAGUCACUCUGCGACCUCUCCCCGCCGCCGCCGGAAGCGACGACACCGUGAUCAACAUCAAUAAGUACGGCAACGCCCCCUCACGGGGAGAGCAGGCGAAUACGAAAGACAUGGACGCCGUAUCUCUUUCUGAAUUCGCGUUCUCCUCCACGCCCUCCUCGUCGCUCCCCAGCUGCUCCCAGUCCCCGCUAUCACUGUCGCUGGCGUCCCGCGCGUCAUUUGCCUCGGCGUCGUCAUCGCGGCCCUCCCCUACCUCACCAUCCUCACCAUCAACCUCGGCAUCGCCGUCAACCCGCUUUUCGACGCAUAGCUCGUCUUAUGAGGUCGACCUGGAGGCGUAUCCGCUGCCCCCCACCCCCACUACACCCUUUACGCCGUCGACACCGUCGACUAUCCAUUCCGUCGCGACUUCGACUGCAAAUUACACGCAUCGCGAUUCUACGUCCUCAACGCAUCCCAGCGUGUAUCCGUUCGUUGCCAUAUAG